UCUGCCAUGGGUUCCCACAGCGAGGAUCAAUGAAAAAAUUGGUAACAUGACUGUUACAAACCCCAGGGACCAUGUGUGCCGCCCUUGUGCUGGGGCGGAGGGACGCAGCGUGCCAGCCUGGAGGAUGCCAAAAUACGUGUGGUACUGUAAUUUUUUCCAAGAGGGUGGCAUCUCUUCCCUUUCCAAGCAGAGAGGAACAUCCAUGCCCAUCUGGCUCCAAGCCUUGCCAUUAUUCCUUCAGAGCAUCCACGGCGCUCUCAUCCAUGACUGGCGUCCUCUCCAGCACAGUGUUUUACUGUCCAACGUGAGAUACGAUGCUGCAGGUAAAAGUUGGAUAGCAAAAGAAGCACAGUGGCAGACAAGCACCAUCAUGAAACCUGGAAAUCAGUGGCAAGUACGCAUGUAUUUGUUUUUAAAAUCCUGUGUUACAAUGCAUGCAGAACUCCUUCAUUGCGUGGCCCAUUAAAAUCCCUCCUCAAGGUAACAUUUUCUGACACCUUCCCUGGGUUUGCCCUGCUGCUCGGUACCCGUCCUGCCCUGAGCCCUCCCCACUAGCUACCACCACCCCUCCUGCGCACUCCCAGCCCUUGCCCCAUAGCCAGACCCCCCCGGCAGAGUGGCCCAGCCCCUGGCCACCUCUCAGCCCUGCUCUCCUUCCUGUGCAUCAUCCGUUGAGGACAACACCUGCCUGCUGGGGUGGCCCCACCGGCAGCCACGCCGUGCUGCUCUUCCACCUGCGAGGAGCAGCGGUUACACCCCGCUGAGCAGCUGGCGUGGCCGGCGCCGGCCGCUUUUGUUCCCUGUUUGCUUUCAGGGUGUUCAUCUCUGCUUGUACGGAGAUGCUGGGAGGUCAGCCUUGCACUGUGGUUCAAGGAGACGUGACGGAGGAGGGCCAGAGGACGCCACCGGCUUCCCCAGAGCACGCUCCUUUCCUUCCCCUUCUCCUUCGCAAGGCACUAGAGGUAUUUUUGCUCCCUCGUCUUUUUCCUCCCGUUCCCCGCCUCCUCCUGCCCCCACCGCCUCCUAAGCCUUGGCUGCCCGGGAUCUCUCUCUGGCCGGCGGGAGGGAGCCAUGCCCUACCUGUACCAGGACGCGAAGCCGAGGCCGCCCACGCUGCCCGGGGCUGCACGUGCCACCCAUAGCUCGGGGAAGACCUACAAGGAGCUGAAGCAGGAGUGCCUGCACAAGGGGAUCCUCUUCGAGGACAUCGACUUCCCCGCCUGCAACUCCUCGCUCUUCUUCAGUAAAAAGCCACCCAUUCCCUUCAUCUGGAAGAGGCCCACGGACAUUGUCAAAGACCCCCAGUUUAUCCUUGGAGGAGCCACAAGAACUGACAUUUGCCAAGGGGAUCUUGGUGACUGCUGGUUAUUAGCAGCCAUAGCUUCUCUCACACUAAAUGAAAGAACACUAGCCAGAGUGGUGCCACUGGAUCAAAAUUUUGGGCCAGAUUAUGCUGGAAUAUUUCACUUCCAGUUUUGGCAGCACAAUGAGUGGCUGGAUGUAGUGAUUGAUGACCGAUUACCCACCUUCAACGGCCGGUUGGUUUUCCUGCACUCAGCCGAACACAAUGAAUUUUGGAGUGCCUUACUGGAGAAAGCCUACGCCAAGCUGAACGGCAGCUACGAGGCUCUGAAAGGAGGCAGUACAAUAGAAGCCAUGGAGGAUUUCACUGGGGGCGUAGGAGAAAUGUAUGAGGUUAAAAAGGCUCCUGACAAUUUCUAUGAAAUCCUAGAGAAAGCUCUGAAAAGAUGCUCAAUGGUGGGCUGCUCUAUUGAAACCAGCAGCGCUGCCGAGUCAGAAGCCAAAACCCCCUUUGGCCUUAUAAAGGGCCACGCUUACUCCGUGACUGGCAUCGACGAGGUGAGGUAUCGCAGCCAGCAAGUGCGGCUCAUAAGGAUAAGGAACCCCUGGGGACAGGUCGAGUGGAACGGCCCUUGGAGCGACAGCUCUCCGGAGUGGCGUUCAGUCAGCCCAUCAGAGCAGAGGCGCCUAUCUCAGGCAGCGCUGGAUGAUGGAGAGUUCUGGAUGAAAUUUGAAGACUUCAAAGUGCACUUUGAUAAAGUUGAGAUCUGCAACCUGACUCCAGAUGCCCUAGAAGACAGCACUGCCCACAAGUGGGAGGUGACCGUCCACCAGGGAAGCUGGGUCCGGGGAUCCACCGCAGGAGGAUGUAGAAAUUUUCUAGAGACUUUCUGGACAAAUCCACAAAUCAAGCUACGUUUGACAGGGAAAGACGACGGACAAGAUGACUGCACAUUCAUAGCAGCGCUGAUGCAAAAGGAUCGCCGUAAACUCAAGAAACUCGGCGCUGAAAUGCUAACCAUCGGCUACUCUAUUUAUGAGAGCCCCGGCAAAGAUGGACAUUUGGGAAAAGACUUCUUCAGGUACCAUGCCUCCAAGGCCAGGAGCAAAACCUACAUAAAUUUAAGGGAAGUAUCUAACCGAUUCAAGCUGCCGCCGGGCGAUUACAUUCUUGUUCCGACGACGUUUGAGCCACACCAGGAGGCAGAUUUCUGCCUGAGGAUUUUCUCUGAGAAGAAGGCCAUCACUGAGGAUCUAGAUGAAAACGUUGCCAUUGAUCUCCCUGAGCCUUUAAACCCAACCCCAAGCCUACAAGAAACUGAAGAAGAAAAGCAGUUCCGGGAACUGUUUCAACAGAUUGCAGGAAAGGACAUGGAGAUAGAUGCAGAAGAACUCAGAUAUGUUCUAAAUGCUGUUUUAAAAAAAAAAAACAACAUCAAAUUCAAGAACUUAAGUCUCAUUUCAUGCCGAAAUAUAAUUUCUCUCAUGGAUACCAGCGGCAACGGGAAACUGGAAUUUAGUGAGUUCAGAGUUUUCUGGGAAAAAAUGAAGAAAUGGAUAAAUAUCUUUCUUCAAUUUGACUUUGAUAAAUCUGGCUCCAUGUCCUCCUAUGAGCUUCGCAGUGCUCUUAAAGCUGCAGGCUACCAACUCAGCAACUACCUGCUGCAAUUGAUUGUCCUCCGAUACUCGGACGAACAGUUCCAGAUUGAAUUUGAUGAUUUUCUGAACUGCUUAAUUCGCUUAGAGAAUGCGAGUCGAGUAUUCCAAGCACUGAGUGUGAAAAACAAGGAGUUCAUUAACCUGAAUAUAAGCGAGUUUAUCAACCUGGCAAUGAACAUCUAAAGAUGUCUGACUUGGAUGCCAUGAGUUUCUUGCAACACUGCUGCCAAGGCUUCUGCCCCAACAGCUGAGGUCCCCUUCACCUGCAAACUUCACCAGGAGAUUUCGUGUGGAGGAACAUGUAUGCUGCCCACCCUUUCUGGUCUCCAGGCCUGUUGAUGAGUUCAACAGUCAGAUCACAUUUUGUCUUUAUUUUUGGUAAAUGAUACUGGUCUUGUUACUGUGAGAACCAUUUGGAUGGGGCACACAUGCCUCCCAAGCAGACUGAAACGGAUGUCCCUGGGUGCCCACAGGUUUUUAUGAGAUAAUAUUGUAUUUAGUUUCAGCACAGCACAGAAUAGAGCGAUUAAAAGUUUUUAUUGCUGCUUGGC